GAAUUGGGUGCGCUGGAUCCUGCCGUUCCUGCAAUGUCGCUGCUGGGGAAUGCCGGCAUGGUAUCAUACGCUUCUCGUACUCGAGUGGUGUACUCGAGUACGGGUGCUAUGCUCUACCCUACAAGUACUGUGCUGCACUGUGCUACCUGUUGUCAAGAAUUCGGUUGAGCCCUAUAGCACAAUGCGACACUCAUCUAUUUGUCGCUUUCCCCGUGGGAGUCUACAACUACCGUAUAACCCUCCCUCCCUCCCUCCCUCCCCCUCCCCUCCCCUCCCACAAAAUCCGACAAACCGGCGAUAAUGACCAAAUGCUCGACAAUAUAACGGUCCUCAGUAUCGGGUACGUCUCCUGCGCGAUAUGCUUCAUUAUAAUCAUCACACGACUAGGCUCCGCCUACCGCAAGUUCGGGACAUGGGCGCUCGAUGAUUACUGGAUGGUCAGCGCGCUGGCCGUCCUGAUCGUGCGAAUGACGGUGAUACACUUGGUGAUUGUGAAUGGCACCAAUAACGUGCAUGGCCUCACUAGCGAGCUGAGCGAUGAGGAAAGGCGUAGGAGGGAGUUUGGGAGCAAGCUGGUACUCAUUGGGAGGUCCUGUUAUGCCAUUUUGUGAGUGCUCUGGCCGGCAUGUGGCGACGGUGAUCGUGGGGCGGGAGCUGAUACGAGGGGGGAGGGUAGUAUCUGGUGUAUGAAAUUUGGGAUCGCCUCGUUUUAUGCGAGGAUUGUGGCCCAAUUGGAGGAGUACCGGGUUUGGUUGAAGUACGUUUGGGUGUUGCUGGGCCUGACGUUGGUCGGGGCGCUGUGCUCGACGUUUUUGGAGUGCAGGCCUAUUGAUCAGUAGGUUUUUUUUUUCAUUCCUGCCUCUCUGUUCGAUUGCCGAUACUGCGCGAUUGGGAGCUAAUCUUUGGUAGUUAUUGUGAGAACCAUCGUCAAGUAAACCUUUCACGUGUAAACCUGGCUAAUUUUCUCCAGGGCAAGUUUCUCCCGAUCCAGGGGGUAAGUUCCCCUCCCCCCAGUGGUUCAUGUGAAUAUCAAAUGCUGAUAACCAUCAGAGGCAUGUAACUUCUCCGAAGUCCAACUCUUCACAACAGGUCCCCCUCCCCCUCCCAUCACCAUCCAUCACCCACACUGACCAAAGACAAACAAGGGGCCUGCAACAUAUUUACCGACCUGGUCUUGAUAAUCUUCCCACUGCCGGUGAUACUCGGCACCCAGCUCCCUCUUCGACGUAAACUCCAAAUCGGCGGUCUCUUCUCCCUCGGCUUCUUGGUGAUCCUGGUCAGCGUUUUCCGAUUGCCAUAUGUGGUGGAGAAUAACGCGAUCCAGCGGUGGAGAUCUCUUGUUUUACCCCCCUUUCCUCCUCUUCCGCCGGUUCAGGGACAUAAUUGUUGACGUUUUUGGGUAGUUCGCGUCGAUAGAAAUUCUAGUGGCCUGCUUCGUAGCAAACGCACCAGCCCUGUACAGGACCAUUGGUGUGCGGACGAAUGCUAGUUCUGCUGCCAGAUCUUCCGGUGAAGGUGAGCGGGGGUGGUACUUGUUCACGGUGAACAAGAGGAAGAUUGGGGUGAGGGUCCUACCCACUACCGGUACUACCACUCGCGGAGAGGAGCGGGAGGAAAGUGAAGGUGCGGCGGAGGUGAAUGCUGGUAUGUAAGCUGGUUCACGAUAGAUGCGACGCGUAACUUGGCGUAUAUCAUGGCUGACUUGGGGGUGACCCAAUCGAUUAUAGAGGAACAUGUAUAGCGCGGUUUGAUGAGAUUAUGGUGUCAAGAUACCGGCGGCGGAGGGGGGGGGGGUUUCCAGGUGUUAAUUUUGUUUUAAAAUUCUAUCCUGUUUUCCGUGCAUGUAUCUAUCAUAUAAUACGGCGUUCGAGGGUAAGUUUUGGAUUGUAGGAUUCGAAAGGAAUUGUUGGGACACGGCCGAUGCGACUUGGGGCGGCGCGCUGCAUCAUAAAUUUAUGACACCGCAGUAUUGGGAUAGACAAGCCCGCCGCAAGUGCGGGCCCGGUCCAGAAGAGCACGGCACGAUUGGGUAAGGCUUCCCAUUCAUUGUCUGUCACGAAUUCGGAAGAAGGCACCACCAUUUCAACCUUUCACGGUUUUGACAUUUCAUCUCUGCGCGCAGGUGCCUGUGCAAGUGCCCGCUAAAGUAUCGUAAGGGCUAAUGAUGGAUGGUUUACCCUCCAAGCAAUCCCUAUCCUAUGAAAACAUCCCCCCGUUGCCCCCGCCAACGUCAGGCGAAACUUUCCAGGGAAUGCCGCACUCACAUACUCGAGCGCGGCACGGUACUCGCAGCAGGGAAGAAGCAUGCUUCCCGGAAACGGAUCGCGAAUUGGCAUCGGCCUUCUCCUAAGCAUGAAUUUUGCAGUCAGAUACGAGUAGGGUACUAGUACGAGUACAGAUGGCGUACAAGGGUCAGGCAUAUAUAUUCACGGUACUUGUACAAGUACUCGAGUACAGCGGCAGGGAUA